AUGCAGGCCUCGCUCAGUCUCUCAGUAUCUAACCCCGCCGCCAUCCCCAGAUCAGACCACGGUUUCGAGUCCUCCCUCCCUUUCCCGUCGAAGCCUGUGAAUCUCAGGUUCUGCGGUCUCAGGAAGGAAGCCUUGGGGUUUUCUUCCACUUCUUCUUCUUCUCUUUCCGCCUCCCGGUCAAACAGGAACGUAGCUGGGUCGAAGAAGGUUUGGGCCUCCCUCGGCGGCGACAAUGGCAGCAGCAGCAGCGCUGCCAAGUCGUUCGAUUACGACUUGAUCAUCAUUGGAGCUGGCGUUGGCGGCCACGGGGCUGCACUUCAUGCUGUUGAGAAGGGUUUAAAAACUGCUAUUGUUGAGGGGGAUGUCGUCGGAGGAACUUGUGUAAACAGAGGUUGCGUCCCGUCGAAAGCUCUGCUGGCUGUUAGUGGCCGGAUGCGCGAGCUUCAAAAUGAGCACCAUUUGAAAGCUUUGGGUCUCCAGGUUUCAGCUGCUGGUUAUGACAGACAAGGAGUUGCUGAUCAUGCCAAUAAUCUUGCUACGAAAAUUCGCAGCAAUUUGACAAAUUCAAUGAAGGCAUUGGGUGUGGACAUCUUGACUGGUUUUGGCGCAGUUUUGGGUCCACAAAAGGUGAAAGUUGGGAAAGACACUGUUGUGACUGCAAAGGACAUCAUCAUUGCCACUGGUUCUGUCCCAUUUGUGCCUAAGGGGAUUGAAGUCGAUGGGAAGACAGUCAUUACAAGUGAUCACGCCCUCAAACUGGAGUCUGUACCUGACUGGAUAGCUAUUGUUGGAAGUGGUUACAUUGGUCUUGAAUUCAGUGAUGUGUAUACUGCACUUGGAAGUGAGGUGACAUUCGUUGAAGCUCUGGACCAACUGAUGCCUGGAUUUGAUCCUGAGAUUGGGAAGUUGGCUCAAAGAGUCUUAAUUAAUCCUCGCAAAAUUGACUACCACACUGGAGUAUUCGCAACCAAGAUCACUCCUGCAAAAGAUGGGAAACCAGUUACUAUUGAGCUUAUUGAUGCCAAAACCAAGGAACCAAAAGAAACUCUCGAGGUAGAUGCUGCUCUGAUUGCCACUGGAAGAGCACCUUUCACCAACGGUCUUGGCUUGGAGAAUAUUAAUGUUGCAACCCAACGUGGUUUUAUUCCUGUUGAUGAGCGUAUGCGUGUCAUUGAUUCCAAUGGGGACCGGGUCCCUCACUUGUUUUGUAUUGGUGAUGCCAACGGUAAAAUGAUGCUUGCUCAUGCAGCCAGUGCGCAAGGAAUUUCAGUGGUGGAGCAACUGACUGGAAGAGACCACGUGCUAAAUCAUUUAAGCAUCCCGGCUGCUUGUUUCACCCAUCCUGAGAUCAGUAUGGUUGGAUUGACAGAGCCUCAAGCAAGGGAAAAGGCUGAACUAGAGGGAUUUGAAGUGGCCGUUGCCAAGACAAGCUUUAAGGCUAACACGAAGGCCUUGGCCGAAAAUGAAGGGGAGGGUCUUGCUAAGUUGAUAUACAGACCUGACAACGGAGAGAUUCUCGGCGUUCAUAUCUUUGGGCUGCAUGCUGCAGAUCUCAUCCACGAAGCAUCUAAUGCUAUAGCUUUAGGGACUCGCAUCCAGGACUUGAAAUUAGCAGUUCACGCACAUCCCACGCUUUCUGAAGUUCUCGAUGAACUCUUCAAGUCAGCAAAGGUUAACGCACAUGUUGGCAGCCCAGUAGCUGAACCAGUUGCAGUCUAA